AUGCCCUCUGGUCGGAGACAUAGCUACGGCGGCGGAUCAUCUCCCGGAACCGCAUCUUCUUACAGUACUAGUACACCCAAGUAUCGUUUCUCACCUGCCGCCACCACCGACAAAUCAAACUCCUUCGUUCGGUGGAUCUCCGGUAUCUUCAUCAGCUGCUUCACUCCUCCCGACGCCGUCUCCUCCAAGGCUUUCGACGAUUCAGAACAUAGUGUCCGUAGUAGACGGAGCUCAACAGGAAGUGUGCAGAGACAUUAUGGGAAUAACAAUGCAAAGGAAACAGAGAAUCAAAAUCAAAGAUUCACAUUCGAUGAGAUCAACGAGGCCACCAAGAACUUCUCGCCAUCAUUCAGGAUCGGACAAGGAGGUUUCGGGACUGUUUACAAGGCCAAACUUAGAGAUGGCUCUACCGUUGCUAUCAAACGUGCCAAAAAGAGUUUACACGACGAGCGUCAAGGUGCAGAGUUUAUGAGCGAGAUUCAGACAUUGUCUCAAGUCACACAUUUGAGUUUGGUCAGAUAUUAUGGCUAUUUGGUUCACAAUGACGAGAAGCUUCUCAUUGUCGAGUAUGUACCCAAUGGAACUCUCAGAGAUCACUUGGACUGUAAGGAAGGGAAGAUUCUCGACAUGGCUACUCGGCUAGAUAUCGCCACCGAUAUAGCUCAUGCCAUAACCUAUCUUCACAUGUAUACACAGCCACCUCUCAUCCACAGAGACAUCAAAUCUUCAAACAUUCUCUUAACUGAGAAUUUCAGAGCCAAGGUUGCAGAUUUCGGUUUUGCAAGAUUGGCUCCAGAUUCAGAGUCUGGAGCCACACAUGUCUCCACACAAGUCAAAGGAACCGCGGGUUACUUAGACCCUGAGUACUUGACAACGUAUCAACUCACUGACAAAAGCGACGUUUACUCCUUCGGUGUCUUGCUCGUCGAGCUUCUCACUGGUCGCCGUCCCAUUGAGCUCCACAGGGAACAAAAAGAGCGCAUCACCAUCAGAUGGGGGAUCAAGAAGUUCACAAGUGGAGAUACGAUAUCGGUAUUGGACCCCAAGCUCCAAAGAAGUCCAGCGAACAACUUAGCACUAGAGAAGGUGUUGGAGAUGGCGUUUCAGUGUCUAGCUCCUACUAGAGGUUCGAGACCAACCAUGAAAAAAUGCAGUGAGAUUCUUUGGGGAAUCCGUAAAGAUUACAGAGAGCUGCUCCACACAAGUCUUUGA